AUGCCAUACUUUAAGACGAGCCAGGAAUGGCUCGACCACUCCAUCGCUCUCCUUGAGGCUCGGCCCUCGCAGACCCGCGUCACAGUUCGAUACUCCAUCAAACCAGUCAAACCCCGCAAAACCACCACCACACCAUCCACAACCACCGCCGCCGACCAAGACAUGACAAAUGCCCCAGACACAUCCUCAACAACAGCAACAGCAACAGCAACAGCAACGACAACGCCCGCAACACCAGCAGCAGCAAAACCUCCCCGCGGGAGCCUCGUCCUGAAAACAUACGACCCCGUCGGCGGCGUGACGCUCAAGUACCGCACCACCAAGGCCGCCGAGGUGACGCGGCUGAUGGGCGCCGCCAUGGGCCGCCUCGGAAAGGCCAUGGCGGGCGUGCAGGAUGUCGCCGAGGAGGAGAUGCGGGAUGCGGAUGCUGCUGCUGUGGAGGGGGAUGCUGGGGCUCAGCAGCCGCAGGGACAGGCACAGAAGGAGGGACAGCAGCAGCAGCAGCAGCAGGGUGGUGGGGGCGGCAAGAAGAAGAAGAAGGGGAAGAAAUGA